GCGGGGGGAACGCGCUGCUUUUCCCGGUAGAGCGGGAGGGCGGUUGUCUGAUUCUCCGCGUCUGGGCGCACGGUAACGUAGGCUACGCGCGCAGUCACUCCUCGGGACCAUUCGGAGCUCGCCCAGUGUGCCUGCCCCGACUCGGGCACCACGGAGGCGGGCACUGCGUUGGUUCGGGUCGAGGGCCCUAGGUGGAGCUGACCGGGGGCUGUGAAAAGCCUGGCCCCGUCGGGGCCGAGUACUGAACUCUUCCCCGCCGGUGGGGCCCCCCGGUUCCAGCCCGCUAAUUUCCAUCAUUCAGAGUCGCGCUACUCGCUGGAAGCCCUGAACUCCGUGCCCCCCAAGCCCCGGGCUCCCUGCGGGAAUGUUCAAAAAUGAGUACCAGGGAGGUGCAUUUGUUGAAAUCUUUAGUGCUCAGGGAAAAAAUCCUGGAGCAAAAUGGAAGAUUGUUGGCAGUCCAUCUGUGAUUUGGAAAGAAUAUGAUAAAGAAGUUAAAAGUUUCGUGUUUGUUCUGGAAGGCAGCAGCCAAACAAAUAAAAUUCAGUUACCGAAAGAGAAUAAGCAAAUCCUUGGACUGAUCCAGAGGUUUCUUGUACUUCAGAUUUACAUACCCCUGGGACAAGACUUCUCCACCGAAUUGCUAAUUACUGAUUUAAGGAACAUAAAAAGAAGAUUAUAUUUAUCAACAGUCCAUAAAGAAGUGUCCUCAACCCCUCUUCAUGCAAAAAUCCCACUCUUCAUGAUCAAGCGCAAAAUUUGGUGCAAUCUAUGCAUUGACUUGGUGGCAUUUACCAGUGAAAUAUUCAAAGGAGCGGUUUUCCAGUCACUGGAUGGCAUUAUUGUCUCAGCCACUUGUAAGCUACGGAAGAUCUUUACUUUAAAAUCCAAGCCUCAAGACACUGCUGAUAAAGGUGCUGGAUAUGAUGUUCCCUUUACAACAGAUGAACCUACAGACAUUAUUCCACGAAGCUGCCAACUAACAACAGAUGUUCCACAAGUCACACAGCUGCUUAACAUGACUAAACUCCGCCAAACUGAAAUAAAAUUUGGAGGUCAUCUGCUAAAUUCAGCAGAAUCAGAUCAGUUCAUUAGCAGAGGAACACGUAGCACACAGAACAGUAAAAAUCAAGAUGUUUGUCAUAUUGCCUUUGGAUCCAAAGUUCUUGGGCCACCUCCACUCUCUGGCAGAAGAACUAACAUGAGGAUAUCCAGUGAGACAGUAAGAUCCAUUGGGUCCAGAAAUAACCGAUCAUGCCAGCAGUCUACAGUAGAGAAGUGUGUUAACAGUACAGAAAUGUCAACCUUGCUGUUAUCUGAGUCUGAGGAGCAAGGAGAUAAAGAAAAUAUUCGCCAAAUAAAGCAAGCUGUACCUAUUCAUGCCAAUCUGCAUAUUAUACAUCCACAUCCCCCUCAAGAACCAUCAGCAGAUAAGAAUAAUAACAGGAGAAGAUUACGGUUAAAAAGCACCAGCAGAGAAAGGACAGAGACACCCAGCGGCAAUUCUUUAGGAACUAACAGGAAUGAACCCAAAGCAACAACUGUCCUCCCAGCUGUCCACCAACAGAGAGCAGAGACAUUGAACACCAGCUCUCCAGAUCCCCAGUCUCCUGAUCAAGCAGUGUCAGAUGAAUGGAUAUUUCCUGAAAAUGAUGAUCACAUUCCCCAUUUGGUGUCCAGCACACAAUCUCUACUUCUGGAUGAAGACUCCUGCCACUCCUCACAUCUGUGGCUGGAAGCCAGCAAGGAAAAUGAACAUGACCAACAGGCAGAGGAAACCCAGAUUUUUCCAAAGGAUAUUUUCACUUUUUCAUCAAGACCACGAUCAGCACCUCAUGGAAAGACACAGAAUAUGUCCCCAGAGGGAUGCCCAUUUAUUUUGGAUCUAAAAAAGGAUACCAGAGUGACAAUGGGAGACACCCAGUUGGAAGAUGACUUUUAUGGUGGUGACAGCAGCGAAGAGGGUAACCACAGUGUCCAGGGUUCUCCAGCCCCAGCAACUAGUCCUCCAGGCUUAACUCAGUUAUUAGAGAGCAUGCUGGGGAAGGCUGCAAAGUGGACAAGUGAAGGAUAUCAAAAAAGUGCCAACGCUGAAGCAGGAGCAUCAGAAAGCCAGAAUUCCUUGAUGGAGCAGAUAGAUAAAAGAGACUUUGAAAUGAGUUUGGUGCCUACACCAUGCCUUUCUCCCCCUGGAAUAAGGAAUGAAUCUUCUCCAGAAAUUCCAGAUCCUAUUAUCAAGGCAAAGGACCUACUAGCCCAUCAAGUGUCAGCUUCACUAUACAAAAUCUCUGGAAAGGAAAUUUCAGGGGAGAUGUUGAAACCGAUUCCUGAAGUAUCUGAAUAUGACUGGAGAAACUAUCAACCCAACCCAAUGAGUGAAUCCGAGUUGCAGAUGCUGGCAAGCCUACGGCGGCAACAGAAUGAAGAACUGGAGGACACUGGGGCUUCCCAUGGCCUGAGUGCAUCCCAGGUUGACAACUGUAAUGUCAGCAUAAGUACCAGCAGUGACGACACAACCACCUGGAACUCCUGCCUGCCACCCCCUGUCAACCAGGGUCGCCACUAUCAGAAAGAAAUGAAUCCACCUUCUCCUUCUAACCCCCGGGACUGGUUAAAUAUGCUGAGCCCACCAAUUGUUCCUCCCAGUCACCAGCCAGCAGAGCAGCAUCAGGAUUCUUCUGGAAGCUUGAGUGCUCAAGGUGAAGAAGACCUGAGUGUGGAAGAGGACGAGGAAGUGCUGACUCUGCUGUAUGACCCAUGUCUGAACUGUUACUUUGACCCCCAGACUGGGAAAUAUUACGAGUUGGUAUAAAGCUUCCUUCCUUCCAGGGCAGAGAAUGGCCACCCCAACGGAGCAGGAUAGUGGUUCUGACUGCAUGUGUUAGACAGGCCCAUGGAACCAAAGUAAUUAAGAGAAAUGGAGUUAGUUUGUACAUAAUGUUCAAUGUUAAGACUACCUACAUUCUUUUAGUAGAUGCCUGUGAUUUUUUUGGAACUGUGAAGGAAAUAAUACAGAGACAAGAAUUUAGGACUUUGAAUUGGUUCUCAUUUGUGGGUUCCCAUCCUACAUAGAAUUUCGUAUGAUUUUGUGUAAACAAAUUAAGAGUUAUUAAUUCAAAAUUUUUGCAGUGUUAAUCAGUAAAUGAUGGCUUGAUAUUCAGAAAAUGUAUUCUUGUUUAGCAAAUACCUGGGAACCUUUUAUUACCUAUUUGUAUUAAAAAUAAAAUAUGAUGGUUAGAAGAA